AAACUCUACAAACAUGCAGAUCCGCACAAUCCCCUUUUCCCUAGUCGCCGCCGACGCCGCAGCCAUCAAAGCAACUCAAGAUUCCUCACACCCGUCAUCCCGCUCCCAGCGCUUCAGCACCGCUGACCACUCCCGCGAAGAAAUCCUACCCAUCGUGCCCGAAACACCUACCUUCAAGCACGAACCACCGCCAUGGAAGCCAUACGGUUAUACCCUCUGGCACCGCCUAGUUGCUCGCAGCCAGUCCAUGACUGAUUACCACGAAGUAACCAUCCCCUCGUUUCUCUACGAAGAUCUGAUGACAUGCCACUCCGCAUGGGUAUCAUCAGGCCGGAUCCACACAUCGCUACUAAACGAAGUAAUCGAAACAUGGCAGAGCACUAAAUCCGGGAAGAAACUAAUGCCGCUCCUCGACGGCACGAAGAAAUGGUUUAUCCGCCUCGACCAGAUGUCGCCCAAGGACUCGCCGGUCAGCGGUAAACUCCCUUCUUCUACAAUGGAGGACGUGCUCACCAAGCUCUGCACGAGUAUGCGCGCAUACGGCUGUCUGCAGCGCGAGGAGCAAGACGCCAAGAAAGAAGAAAGGGAGAUGGUGUUGAAGUUGGUGCUGAAUCCGUGGGACGAGGGUAUGGAUCCUGGGAGGGAGUUUAGGGUUUUCGUCCCGCCGCCUGCUGCGAGAGGAGAGAAGAUCAACGCCGAGCUUCUUGCGGUUAGUGCUAUUAGCCAGUAUAGAUGGCCGUAUGUGUUCGAGGCGCCGUGGGGGUGGAGCCUGGAGCGGAUUGCUGAGCUUGUGCAAGACGGUGCGCAGAAGGUGCUUGAUGAAAUCGUUGUGUAUACGUUCACAGAAUUAGAUGAGGAGAUCAGGGGUUUAUUGCUUAAGCAUGGGUUUAGCUUCGAUAUCGCGCUUCAAGAGAAUGGGCGCGUACAGCUUGUAGAGAUAAAUCCUUUUGGCGCACAGAGCGGAUGCGGAGCAUGCUUGUUCAACUGGGUCCUGGACGGAAAAGUGCUGUAUGGCUUGGAAGAGGCGCAGUUCGUGAUCACUUUGAAGGAGAGUGCUUAG